ACUUUAGUGUUGAACUGUGUGAAUACAGGCUUAGAUUAUCCCUGCAUGUUGGCUCGGGAAGCUGGCGCGGGUGACUAUGAAAAACACCCCCAAACUAACAAACGAACUUCUUCCCCCGGUGGUGGAUAGGACCUUCAUCGGACGGGCUGCUCGCUGUUUUGCGGGGAGGAGGCCGAGGACAACCAGGCCAUGCUGAAGCGGGUGUUGCUGGCCUUCGCGCGCUGGAACAAGGGCGUCGGCUACUGUCAGGGGUUCAACAUGUUGGCCGCCAUCAUCCUCGAGGUCAUGGAGCGACAGGAGUCCGACGCCCUCAAGGUGAUGAUCUACCUGAUCGAGGGGGUGCUGCCCGAGUCCUACUUCGCCAACAACCUUCGGGGAUUGAGCGUGGACAUGGCUGUCUUCCGCGACCUCCUCCGUCUGCGUCUCCCGCAACUCUCCCGUCACCUGGAGCAUCUUCAACACGACGCCGCCGACCUCGCUACAG